AACAACACCAUCUGCUGCACCCUGUGCUUUUGCACAGCAUCCACAGCUAUUGUGAUUGUCACCUGCUUCAGUAUUUUUUCAGCAUCCGUUCGUUUUGAAGUGAAAUGCGAUUUUUUGUGUAAUUAAUUACAAGUUUAAUUAGUAAUUUUGUGUUUAAAUGUGUAUUUGUGUCAGUGUUUACCCUGGUGAUUGUAAAAAGUUUAAAAUGGAAGUGAAAAUACGUUGGAAAAUGAAGCGCAGACAGCAACUAUUGCUGAGGGUGCUCCCGGGUACAAAUAUGCUUCUAAACAACAAGCAAAGGAUAUUUGCAGUGAGUUAAAAACCCAAAAUUACGUGGUCAAUACUUAAAAGAAAUGUGUUGCAGUAUCUGAGUUUGGAUUUCAGGUAUUCUGCACACUAAGCAAACGCAACUGAAAUAGUUUAACGAAUGACCUUCGCAAUGAUUUCUGUGAGGAAGCAUAGCACACGAUUCGUGUAUGUGACGUUGGCUAUUGUUUGCCUGCUGCCCACACCAGCCACAACAUUCCUACCGCUUGCGCUGCCUACAACCACCACCACCACAACAACAAUAGCCGCAGCAGUGACAGCGAACACUGGCCGUACAGCGGCAGCAGCGCCACCCAACAACAAUGAGCUCGCCGACACAAUUAUAGCGCCCGAUCUAAUGGACCAAUGUCCAAUGGGUUACUUUCAUUGCAAUGUGUCGGCGCAAUGCGUGCCGCAGCGACUGAAUUGUGACGAGAAGGCGGAUUGUGACGAUGCCUCGGAUGAGUGGAAUUGCGUCAAUGAUGUGGAUGCGAAAUUUUGGGAUCAUUUCUUUCGUAAGCAACCAUAUGGACGGCAUGACGAUGUGCCGGUGGAGACGUGCUAUUGGCUCAACAACACCAACUUCAGCUGCCUUUGUCGUGGCGAUGAGAUUUUAUGUCGUUUCCAGCAACUAACGGCAAUGCCCGCCAAUUUACCCGCCACGGAGCUGGCAAUGCUUGAUUUGACCGGAAAUAAUUUUCCAAACAUUGACGAAAACUUUUUUGCACAGCUGCCGAUGGUUGAGAGCCUUGUGCUAAAAUUUUGCUCAAUCGAACAUCUCGCAACAUUCGCAUUCAGAAGACUCUCUGAGAUACCAUUGAAAACGCUCUAUUUGGAUGAGAAUAAAAUCACCAGCCUCUCGGAAGAUUUAUUUUCUGCAGGAAAUUCCCUAAAAACGCUCAUUCUAUCGGGUAAUCGCAUUAAAGAACUGCAUAAGUACGAUUUUCAACAUUUGGAGGAUUUGACUGAAUUAGACCUUCGCGGCAAUCGUAUUGAAACCUUUGAAGCGGAUGUGUUCGCUAUGCUGCAGAGUCUGGAAGUGCUUUACCUCAAUGAAAAUCACAUCCAUCAAAUCCAUCCGGGCAUGUUCCCGGUGCUCACAAAGCUGCACACUUUAUCGCUGGCGCACAAUCGCAUCGUCGACAUCGAACGGAACUCGUUUACAUUCCCGCGGUUAUUGCAUUUAUUUUUAGCCGGUAAUCGACUGUCGGUGCUGCGCGCACGCACAUUCUGCCCACUUCGACUGCUGCAAGGACUCCACCUGAACGACAACCACUUGGCGCAGUUUGAGUUGCACGCCUUCGAUUGCAUGCAGAAUCUCACGUCGCUGCUGUUGACGGGCAAUGAAUUCAAGACACUGGAUCCGCGUGUCUUGCAGAAUCUAACAAAUUUGAAUUAUAUUUACUUCUCGUGGUUCCAUUUGUGUCGCGCUGCGCUGCAUGUGCGUGUCUGUGAGCCGCGUGGCGACGGCAUUAGCAGCACUUAUCACUUGUUGGAUAAUCAAAUACUGCGCGGCAGUGUGUGGGUAAUGGCCUUUGUUGCGACGGUUGGCAACCUGCUCGUCCUGCUUGGCCGCUACUUUUACAAAUCGCGCAGCAAUGUGGAACAUUCGCUGUAUCUGCGUCAUUUGGCCGCCAGUGACUUCCUAAUGGGCAUCUACUUGACGAUAAUUGCUUGUGCGGAUAUUAAAUUUCGUGGCAAAUACAUAAUCUACGAUGAAUUAUGGCGACAAAGUGUUUGGUGUGAUUUCUCGGGCUUUCUCAGCACAUUCAGCUGUCAAUCAUCGACUUUGCUGCUAACAUUGGUCACAUGGGAUCGUCUGAUGUCGGUGACACGUCCGCUAAAGCCGCGCGAUAGCGGCAAAACGCGCAUCGUUUUCCGUCUCGUCCUGCUGUGGGGUAUGUCUUUCGUGCUUGCCGCUCUGCCUUUUUUGCCGAUAAAAUAUUUUGGUGGUCACUUUUAUGGCACUAACGGUGUUUGUCUUUCACUGCACAUACACGAUCCAUUUGCAAAGGGUUGGGAGUACUCGGCGCUGCUGUUCAUACUCAUCAACACCGUCUCGCUGAUUUUCAUAUCGAACUCGUACAUACGCAUGCUGCAGGCGAUACGGGACUCAGGCGGCGGCAUGCGGAGCACGCUGAGUGGACGCGAGAAUGUCGUGGCUACGCGCUUCGCGAUAAUCGUCACAACAGACUGCGCCUGUUGGCUGCCGAUAAUUGUCGUCAAGGUGGCAGCGCUCUCGGGCUGUGCCAUCUCGCCCUCGCUGUAUGCCUGGCUUGCAGUGCUCGUGCUGCCGGUGAACUCGGCCCUCAAUCCCGUGCUGUACACGCUUACGACGGCGGCGUUCAAGCAGCAGCUGCUGCGCUACUGCCAAGCGGUGCCCACCAGCUGCUCACUGAUGACCGACCCGCGCUCGCAGACUCAAACCGCCUUCGACUCGAACCUCAGCAUGAGCCUGGGCCACUUCAGCAGCAUACGCACGAACCAUAGCCACAACUACAGCCGCUCCUCGAGCCGCAUGCGCUCGCAGAACCGACGCCUCAGCUAUGUGUGAUGCCUGCGCUGCAGCGCAGCUGGCGGCGAGGCAGGUAGCAAGCUGGAUCCGGAGCGCUGGAGGCAAAAUCACGCGCAUGAAAUGUACUGCUGAGUAGCUAGAGAGACACUGGAAUGAGACUGUCUUCUUCUUAAUUGUAGUCUAGUUUUAGUGUUAGUUUUACUAGCGAAAUUCCUUCAUUUCUAUGUUUUGUAGAGAUUAUUUAACGAUCUAGUUUAUAAGGCUCCAGUUGGCAAGUUUUAAUGAAAUAUUUAAGGAAUAGGAAUUUUAAUAAUACUGACUGAGCUCAACUGUCAGCAACAAUAGUGUAAAAAUCUCGCUUUGAAAAAAGUUUCAUUUAAAAUUUUAUUAAAAAAAACUACUUUCCUAGAAAUUUGUUGAGCCACGCCAACGAAUGUUGUGAUCUUUCAAGUAUUAUCCAUUAAUUUAAGAAGCUAGCUUUAUAAGAAAUAGUUUUAUAAGAAUGUAAAUGUGUACUUUUGUAGACUUACAAUAAUUAUUAUUAAUAAGUAAUUAAGUUAGAUAUUUUACUGUAAAAACAACUAUUUUAUGUGUUUAAAAAUCGCUUGAAACUGUUUGUAAAUAUGGCAACUUUACAGUAAAGAGAUUAUGAGCAUUUAUAUUAUGCAGUCGGUGUGUUAUCGCUCAACGAAAUUGUUAGUAAUUUAAGUGAAAAUUGUUGUAAAUGCUUUGAAAUAAAUAAAGAUUGCAUAUGUUUUCCUUUUUAAAGUGAAAAAAUAUGCAAAUCUGCAAGAAAAAUGCAUUAAAAACACGUAAACUACUUACAUAAAAAAUUGUUAAAAAAUGGUUAAAAACUAAUAUUUUUGAAUUACAAAAUAUUGUGAGGAGCAUUGUCGUUACAUAUCAGCUUCAUUUGCUUGCGGAAACCCAAGAAAUUCCUCUGUUUCUGCGACUUUUUCCCAAAAUAACGACAAUUUGCGCACUUUUUUAAUUUUCAAAAAUAUUACGUAAUCGCAAUUUUCAAUAUUUCUCAAUACGUUUGUAGCGCAUGCGUUUCUGCAAAAUUCAAAAUUUAAAUCAUCCAAAUCCGUCCAGCCGUUCAAAAGUUAUUCGCGUUUUUGUGUUUCGCAGCCACCUACUGCAUGCUCCUGGUCGCCUGGUGCAUCGGCCAGAUUUUCGCUGCAAAUUGAAAUGCAUUUUCCCGCAGCCGACGUCGGCAGCGCCGGACAACAGCGAAACGUAAAUGCUUAUAACUUUUGAACCAGAGGUCGGAU